AUGGGCUUUAUAGUACCCGGUGUGAUACUAAAACUAGACGUGAAGUCGUCGUCCCGACGGCAUAACCGUGGAGUGAAACGCAUAUUUGUGGACGGAGCCAGGCAAAAAGAAUUUGAUACUGACUAUAAGCGCAAACGUACCAUGGCUCCCAUGAUACCUUCAAAAGGCAAUGAUCGCCUGCGAAAGACACAGCAACCGCGCCGAAUCGAACAUAUAACACACUUGCCGACCGAAAUACUGCUAGAGAUAUUUGUGGAGUCAGAAAACCUACCUUGUUUGGGGAAGGUGAACAAGCUCUUUCAUACACUUAUUGAGCACAAUUACGACAAUUUAGCAUACAAGACUAUAAAGCGCAAAUAUUUCACAUCGAUACGAACCACACAGCGAAAGCUAUCAUUCAUCAAACGACGCGUGAGUAAUGAUAUAGACCAUGACCAUGACAGACACGCCUUGCGCACCAAACUCGAAAGGUUAAGGGCCGAACUGCCCGAAGAAGAGCCAAUCUCCUAUAUAUCUGACUACCAGAUCAACAUCCUAGAUGAGAAAUGUUUUCAGAGCCCCAUUUUUAACUUCAAGACUCUGAGGAUGCUUUCUCCCGAUUUAUAUCUAUCGUGCGACAAAAUUUCACAGAUACCUGAGGAAUUGGACAAGCUCAAGAGAGGUGGAGAACAUCCUCUCAAGUCUAAACUCAUCGAGGUGCACAAAACCACCGCGAUUGCCUUCCCAUACUUGGAUGGAGACAAUGAUCACAAUACAGAUUACAUUCACAGCGAUUACAAAGAUAAACUCAUCGUGAUACGACAUUUGGUUGAGCGCGAGACCCUAUUUAGUACACCAAUUUAUCAAAUGGUCAACCUAAUAAUAUAUCUGAAUAAUGCCUAUAGACGAGCCGGCUUUGAAGACGAGAUUAUAGACACUAAGGUGUAUCAAAGACUCAUUGAUCACAAUAGGCCGACCAAAAACGGAACUGAAACCAAAUCAAAGCUCACAGAUCCCAGCGUUAUCGUCAACUGUCUUAAGUUUAAUGAACACAGUCUCUUGAAGCUGAUAAUCAAGGAGUAUGACCUUGCCAAGUUGGCUUCUGAUCUCGAGGUGUGGAGCUUUAUCCUGGAGUCGAAAAACUAUAGCUAUUUUCACCAGCUUGAAAGACUAGGGCUCCAACCGACGUCAGGAGUUAUUAAGAUUUUCAACUAA